AUGAACACCACCUACCGUCUGGCUGUUCCAGUGAGAAAACGUGUUGCAAUUGCUCUGUGGAAGCUGGCUACUGGCAUUGAGUAUAGGACCAUUAGCCACCUUUUUGGGGUAGGUCUAAGCACAGUGUUUAACUGUGUUCAGGAUUUCUGUGACUCCGUUAUAAAGGUCUUGCUCCCUCAACACAUCACCACCCCAGAUGCUGCUAAGCUGGUUGAAAUUGCCACCUUCUUCCAUAACCGCUGGAGAAUACCACAGGUUGUUGUUGCAAUAGAUGGAAGCCACAUCCCAAUCAUUGCCCCCGAUGAGUAUCCCCGGGACUACUUUAACCGGAAAGGGUGGCACUCGAUAAUAUUGCAAGGAGUUGUGGACGGCAGAGGCCUGUUUUGGGAUGUGUGUGUGGGCUAUGCAGGGAGUAUGCAUGACGCAAGAGUGCUAAGGCAGUCAAAUUUAUGUGAUCAACUUAGUGAUGGUGAAUUACUUGGACAAAACAAAAAGAUCAUCUCUGGCAUUAAUGUUGGACACUACCUCAUCGGUGACCCUGCUUACCCAAUGCAGAACUGGCUUAUGAAGCCCUUCUCCGACUCUGAAAGACUCUCACCUGAACAACACACCUACAAUUACAGGCUGAGCAGUGCACGUUCGGUUGUAGAGACGGCUUUUGGAAGGUUGAAGGGCCGUUGGAGAUGUCUCCUCAAAAGAAAUGACUGCAAGUUGGAGCUCAGCAAGAAAAUGACGUUGACCUGCUGUGUGCUUCAUAAUAUUUGUGAAGAGCAUGGUGACAAUUUCAUGGAGGAGCGUGUAGACGGGCAGUUACACAUUCAACCUCCAGGUCAGGCAUUACCUGAGCAUGGUGAGCCAGAAGGGGCAGAUAUUAGAGCAGCCUUAAUCAACUAUUUCAGUAGAGAGGAGUGA